GAUUAUAUACAAAGAUUGCAGAGAGAUCGAGAGGUGAGACGAAACUAGGGCAAACGCAAACCGAAGAUGAUUAUACCAGUGCGUUGCUUCACUUGCGGCAAGGUUAUUGGAAACAAAUGGGACACAUAUCUUGAUCUUCUCCAGGCUGAUUACACUGAGGGAGAUGCCCUUGAUGCAUUGGGGUUGGUUCGUUACUGCUGCAGGCGAAUGCUCAUGACACAUGUGGACCUCAUUGAGAAGCUUCUGAACUACAACACUCUGGAGAAAUCUGAAGGCAGUUGAAGAGCAUGAACUCGGACGUGUGUUACCAACAUGCAUAUUCAAGAGUAUAUCUGCAUGUUUGUGUGGUUGGUAAUAAGUUUUGUAUCAUAUGUAUUCAUGCAUAGAAUAUGAUGAAGCAAUCAAUAUUCGGAAAGACACUUAAAGAACAUGCAAUUUAGGUGACUGUUUUAUCGUUCUUAUCUGUACUUUUUUGACUUGGUUGCUUUUAUAUGGAACCUAUUCGCCAGCUUUAAUGCCAGUAAGUGUUCCUGUUGGAAAGUUUUUGUUGUU